UUGCCAGUUUUGGCGCAAGCUGAGCUCAAGCAGACGCUGGAACUGAUGCAGGCCACCUUUGCUUCGCUAGUCACCUCGUCCUGCCGGUACUCGGCCACUUGUCCGGCCACGAAGCCUGCACCCUCGAGCCCUAUUCCACGUGCAGCGCUGCGCCUGCUCUGGCGUCUGGCCGCCGCCUGGUUGGCUCUGCUGCAAGCGGGCGUGUCACCGGGGCCCAGUCUGGCGGCCGGACUCGGUCUGCUCGCUUCGGGUGUCGGAGAAGAGGAGUUGUCGGCCGAGAAUGAGGCGGACGACGGCCGUUCGAGUGGGCUAAGGGCAUCGGUAGGUGGGCAGACGUUGCAGCAACAGCUGCGGCAGCAGCAUUUGCAGCGGUAUUCUGACUCAGAGGCUCUUUUGACCGACGUCACUGGCAAAUGGAUCGGCUGGAUUGAAGAGGGUGUCAAAAGCAUACGGGGCCUGGAGUAUUUGGAGGUGUUCGACAUUGGCGUCAUGUCCCCUCACAGUCCGGCAGCCUUCCAAGCUGGAAGGGCCAAUCAUCCACGACUGGUCCUUCAGACUUUAAAAGCUCCCAGGCCGGACGAAGGCGGGACGACACCAGAGUUGCCACCAGAGCUGCUGGCACUUUUAUCGCUUAUCCUUCGAAACAAUGUACCAGUUGUUACCUGCUCUUGUAGUAGCAAAUGA